GUGGAGGAGAUUUUGAGCAUAUUUUUUGGUCUGCAGUGCUUGGUGUAACCAGUCUAUAAAUGUAGCUUGUAACAACUAAACCAAUGUUUAAUGUAAAUAACUCUCUUCUAUUAAUUGCUAUGUUAAUAAAAUGAGUAAUAUGAUAUUCAAUAUUUGGUGUCUAAGGCAAUUUAAUUCUGACAUUGAUGCUAAUGUCUACCUGUUGUUAGUAGAUGUGAAUGGAGUCUCAGUAUCUGAAGAGAUGUCUGGGAAGUUGCUUGAAAAAGGGACUGGCAGAGGUUGUAGAGCGUCGUCCAGCAGAUCCAAUAGAGUAUCUGGCACAUUGGAUUUACAACUACAGAAGAAUCUUAGAUGAAGAAAAAAAGAGAAUGUUGGAGAGGGUUGAGCUGGAACAAGAACGGGAGGUGGCCCUGCUGGAGCUUGAGAAGUUAAGAAAAAUUAAAGAAGCCCUACUGAUCCAGCAGAAACGUGAAGAACAGCAUCAGGGUCAGUUGGAACACAAACGUGAGGAGUCAGAACUGCAAAAUGAAGAAAAUGACAAGGAAAAUGAAAAGAGAGUAGAUGAACUUACAGAGAGACCUGGAACACCUAAUUUGACCACAGCUGAGGAGCUAGAUGAGAAUGAAGAGUUUGAGAGUAUAACAGAUCCCAUGGCAGAAGCAAAACAAAAAAGUUCCCCAGUGAUCUGAAAGCAGUAAAUAUAUUUUCUACUUGUUAAUUGCUGAUCCUGAAAUUUAACAUCGUAAUUUGUGCUUUAUGUAUGCA